UCCGGGGGCGGGAGGUACUGGCUGAGGCGGUCGCGGAGGCGACAGCUUGAACGGGCCUGGUUCCGGCCGCGGAAAGUGUCCUGGGCCGGCUAUGUGAGCGCCAGCCCUUGGCAGCACUGAACAAGAUUUGUGAUGAAAUGGAGCCUGGAACAAACUCUUUUCGAGUAGAAUUUCCUGAUUUUUCCAGCACCAUUCUGCAGAAACUGAACCAGCAGCGCCAGCAAGGACAAUUAUGUGAUGUCUCCAUUGUUGUGCAAGGCCACAUUUUCCGGGCACACAAAGCUGUCCUUGCUGCCAGUUCGCCCUACUUUUGUGAUCAGGUGCUCCUGAAAAACAGCAGGAGGAUUGUUUUGCCUGAUGUGAUGAACCCAAGAGUUUUUGAGAACAUUCUCCUGUCUAGUUAUACGGGACGUCUCGUAAUGCCCGCUGCAGAAAUUGUCAGUUACUUAACAGCAGCGAGCUUCCUCCAGAUGUGGCAUGUGGUAGACAAAUGCACUGAGGUUUUAGAGGGAAACCCUACAGUCCUUUGUCAAAAGCUAAACCAUAGCAGUGACCACCAGUCUCCAAGCAGCAGCAGUUAUAAUGGCCUGGUAGAGAGCUUUGAGUUGGGCUCUGGGAGCCAUGCCGAUUUCCCCAAAUCCCAAGAACUGAGGGAUGGAGAGAAUGAAGAGGAGAGCACCAAAGACGAGCUGUCAUCUCAGCUCACUGAGCAUGAAUACCUUCCCAGCAACUCAUCCACAGAGCAUGACCGGCUGAGCACUGAAAUGGCAAGCCAGGACGGGGAGGAGGGGGCCAGCGACAGUGCCGAGUUCCACUACACCCGGCCUCUGUACAGCAAGCCCAGCAUAAUGGCGCACAAGCGCUGGAUCCAUGUGAAGCCCGAGCGCUUCGAGCAGGCGUGUGAGGGCAUGGAUGUGCACGCACCCUAUGACGAGCACCAGGUCACCGAGUCCAUCAACACCAUGCAGACAGAGCACUCGGUCCAGCCUUCAGGGGUGGAGGAAGACUUCCACAUCGUGGAAAAGAAAGUGGAAGCAGAGUUUGAUGAACAGGCUGAUGAAAGCAAUUAUGAUGAGCAGGUGGAUUUCUAUGGCUCUUCCAUGGAAGAGUUUUCUGGAGAGAGGUCGGAGGGAAACCUAAUUGGGCACAGACAGGAGGCUGCCCUAGCAGCAGGCUACAGUGAGAACAUUGAAAUGGUAACAGGGAUUAAAGAAGAAGCUUCCCACUUAGGAUUCUCAGCCACUGACAAGCUGUAUCCUUGUCAGUGUGGGAAAAGUUUCACUCACAAGAGUCAGAGAGAUCGACACAUGAGCAUGCACCUCGGUCUGCGGCCUUAUGGCUGUGGUGUCUGUGGUAAGAAAUUCAAAAUGAAGCAUCAUCUUGUGGGCCACAUGAAAAUUCACACAGGCAUCAAGCCAUAUGAGUGUAAUAUCUGUGCAAAGAGAUUUAUGUGGAGGGACAGUUUCCACAGGCAUGUGACUUCUUGCACCAAGUCUUAUGAAGCUGCAAAGGCUGAGCAGAAUACGACUGAGGCUAACUAAAAAUAGUAACCGGCCCUUGAGUGGCAGGCACAAAAAUAAACGAUGGUAAUUAUGCAAAUCUGGGCACAGAUGAUGUGUGCUACUUGCUAUUAUGAGCGAAGCUUAAAAAAAUGGGAGAUAUUUCUGAAAGACCAGUUCUAAGUAGGCCAAUUAAAAAAUCUAAUUCCUCAAAUUUGUAUGCUCCAGUCCAGGCCUGGAGUAGGUAACGGGGGAAGUUAACCCACCUCCCAGCUGGCCAGGUACACCUUCAGGCCCGUUAUGGAGGUGGGUGGACUUGGUGAUAGAGAUACCUGCGCUUGGAACUGGAAUCUAGCCCGCCCACCAGUUCCACUUCAGGUGGUAGCAGUUUUUGAUCACUCAUUAUUACAAGGUCAUGUUGGAAUUUUAUUUUUCUCUUACUAUAGAUACUUAGGUAAUGUGGAUUUGUUUUGGUAGCUGCUUUACUGAAUGAAAUGCUACUUAUGUAAAAGCUACAAAUAAUGUGAUUCCUAGGAUGCAAAAUUGAUUAACAGAGCUCCCGUCUGGUUUUAUUCUUUCUAAAAGGGUAUUUUAACUAAAACUAUGGAGAUAUUAAGAGGGUGACAGGCUAAGUAUGAAACAACUUAUGGUACAAGCUUCAAUUUCUGUAAGAUGCCACUGUCACAAUGUGUUUCAGACUCUUGAUAAGGCAAAAGUUUUGUAUUUUAGUACUAACAUUUAGUUUGAACAACUAUAUCUAAUUAUAAUUCUCUAGGGUGCUCAAGACGGGUAUUUCUAAUUGGUUUGCUGUCCCAAAUCCUUUUUGUUUAUUUGUAGCAUCCACACAGUGGGAUCUGCUCUAUGGCUAGUAGACGUCUAGCCUGCUGUGACUGACCACGGUACCAUCGGCUGCUGUAGCCAUUUUGCUCUAUCUUAGAUUAUGGUGCUUCCCAAAGAGGUCAGUCCGUGACCACAGUUAGUGGGAAGGAGCCAAGAGUCAGGCCAGGAAUUCCCUGUGAACUUCAGGAGUUAAUAGAGUGCUACAGUGACACUCCAACGGUCAGAGCGAGAGCUGCCGCAUAGCGGAAUUUUGUGUGGCAGGCUGCAAUGGAGGGGGGAGGACGAGAAAAGAGGAGUCUUGGAAAUACAUUGGUAGGGGAGAUACUUAUUCUCUUAGAGGGGCACACUGAGCUAAUACUGCCAGUUCUUUCAGGAGCUCUGGAAUGUGUUUUAAAAGGGAAAGGAGGAGUCCUAAUUUUAGAAAGUAGUCUACAGAUUCAUGCUCCCAAAUUAUAGAUAAAGCUGCAUAAAUUUACAAGUCCGCAUAGCUCUACCUACCAACAACAACAAGAUAAGCAGCUAUUCUGAGACCUCUUCUGCCAACUGGUCAGACGUUUCAGGGCACAUAGCAAGCACGUGUUCGGGAUGCGUCCAAGCUGUAUGAUACACCUGCAGCUCUCACCCGGGUAGGACAGGGUGCUACUCUGUGUGGUCCUUUCCAUAAACCUGUUGGUCUAUUACUUCCGAGUGGAAACGUUUUCCCCCUGAAAAUAAAAAUAACUUUUCUUGGAUUUGGGAUGAAAUUUUGUUUCAAAAGUUUGCUUUUGCUCUAAUGUGAUAGUCAUUGCUGGCCAUGGCCUCUGAUCCUUAAGCUCCUACCACCGGGUGUUUACUUGUUGAAUGUUGUCUGGAAAGGGGAAAGUACUUAUUUACCAGAUAAUUCUUGUACUCAAGAUUAUAAAACAGGGAUCUUAUUCACUAACACUGUAUCAUUCUCGAUAUAUAAAAAGCACUUUGUAUUUAAAACUUUAUUAUAAAUAUAUAUAUAUUGACUUUUUAACUUAGAAACUAGAUAUUACCUCUUGGUUGUUUGCCACAUUAAUAUCCUCUUCUCUUAGUGUUGAAACUUUAUCCAUUAACAGUCCUUUCUCUGUGUACCGGACAGAGUGACUGUACAAUCAAGCUCAAUGGCUCCUUUUCUUUUUCUCAUAAUAGAAGCCAGUGGGUUUUAGAUAUGAUCCUAGCCAUUAUGUGUGAGGAGAAAUUUUUUUAUUACUCCUAAUUUCAGUACUAAGGCAGUGAAGCCAUUUUGUUCUGCCAAAAACUGAUUACCCUCUUCCAUGGUAUUAGCAAACCAUUUUCUGCCUGUUUAGGUGUGACAUCCUGUUUCCCAUUAAAAAUUAUAUUCAGAUGAGCAUUGGGACAUUUGAGAAGGGUCCUAGAGGUAAAAUUAAAACAUUCUGGAAAAGCUGUGGUCCCUCAGCUACGCUGAUACCAGCCAGCGCCCCUGUGGCGAGUGGUGAUGAAGCGCUUGUUCAGCCCCGAGUGGCCGGCAGCCCUUGGGCGGUGGUUUUGGAAGCAGUCAGUUGUGCUGGAACUUACUUCAUGAGCUGUGAAGACAGAUGUACCUUUUGUGGAAAUCCUCAUAUGCACAUUAGCUACUAAAUGUAGAGUUUAAAGUCUAAGUUCUUCACAUGUGCUGUUUUAAGUUUUUAUGAUAAUUGGGGUUUCCAUAGAAAUUAGGGGUGCUAAUUGGGUCCGCCAGACCUUGUGAGAUGGUUGGCAUCUGAAAUGCUGGCCAUGGUCAGAGACGUGGGGGAAAGGGAUUGCCUUAGUUUGGAUUGUUAAAAGUGAAUUUUUAUAAACUCUGCUUUUUAAGAGUAGGAGAUCAUACUGUAUUACUACCUUUUUUUCCUACCUACCCUGGGGUGGAUAGUCUGUCUCCUUAGCCUCAAUACAGCUUUAGGAAAUCUUUAUCCUUCCAAAGUUUGGAUGGUUGUGGGUGACAUUUUCAAAUGGUCUUUCAGGGAUCCUGGCAGUGGCCUACCACCAAGGAAUUUGUCCUCCACUCUGAGUCUUAACUGUGGUUUUUCUCUAAUUCCAGUGGGAAAGGGCUUCACGGCACCACCAAUGUUAUUUAAUAUUAGAACUUAUACAAUGCCUUUAAUUUUAGAUACAGACAUUACAUAAUCCACUUGGUAAAGUAGGCAUCACUGUCUGAGGAAGGACCGCAACAGCCUUUCCUCAAGUGUUGAGGGCACCCUGAGGUGCUCCUGGGCCCCGGCCUGUUGAUUCUGAGUUCUAGACCUCACCUUCUUCCCGUCUCUUCUUCUGGCCACAACUUUCAAAGAGUCUGCCCAGAAGGGUCUCCUCCAUUCUGGGGGGCUUUGGCUGAACUAGGCUGACCCUAAGCAGACUUGUAACUGUUUGGGAAGGCCGCCGCCUGAGCGGCCCCUUUGUGUGCAGGCUCGCACCUCCCCAAGCUGCCACGGCAGUGGGGCCGAGGCAGAGCAGAAGCAGCAGAGCUGUGCUUUCCCAGAGGCAGGGGAUUGGCUACAGUUCCCUGGUUGCCGAGGCUGGAGAGGACGCCAUCACACCAAAUCCAGGUGUUACUUUUAAAAGGUCUCUGACAAUUUGGGAAUGCUGGGAACCAAGCAACAUGUUACCCUCCCCGCCACCCUCGUCCCUCAACCCGUGUCUGUGCCACACUUAAUUUUGUGAAUUAGGUUGCUUUCAUGGGUGACUAAUUUUGUUCAGUGAAACCAGGGUUUGUUUGUUCAAGUUUUUUCUUUGCUACUUAUAUAUUUAAAGGUACAUGUUUCUUAUUUUAGAUCUCUACUGAUAGUAUUCUAUGGGAAGAUGCUGGAACACAUUUUGCAAAUGUGACUUUUUUUUUUUUUUUUUUUUUAGUUUUGCUUGAAGCCUGUGUCACAAUGUCAGUUGCUGCUGCCUUCUUUCCUUUUAUGAGGUUCCCAAUGUUUCUUCCAGAAAAAUUACUUUAUUUAUGCAAGUCAGGUGACUCUUAGAUCACAAAACCAUUUGAUGAUAAACAGAUUAUCACUAGGUGCAUAUCUUAUUGAUAUUUUGUGAAAUGUUAUGCCUGUGUUGCAAAAGUUGAAUAGUUUUGUCUUUAUAUAUUGCUGUCUUCAGUGUACAGCAUGGUUUUACUUAAUUGAAUGUUACUGUUUAAUAUUUUCUUCUUAUAGAAGAGACCAUGCCCUUUUGUAUGACAUGUUUUAAUAAAUGUUAUCUGUCAACUUUGUAAAAGUUUUUUCACUCUGGGUAAAUGAAACAUGUCUUUGUUUUCAUUCUGGCUUUUGCCACCUGCGAAUAAAAAUUAUAUUGCGGCCUUUUGACAGUAAAUACCAA